AGGAAUACGCAGAUUUGGGACUGAUUUGAUUUUCUUUUUCUUUUUUGAGCUUAUUGAGAAUAAUUGGAUGUUUGUUUAACAGGACCUGAUUUGGAGAUGGUUUAUUGAAAGGUUAAGGGCAUGGGGAUUUUACCAAUUCUGAAUAUGAUUGCACAUUCAGCAGAAGUAGCAAGCCAAGGAAGAACACUGGAUAGACCACCACCUUAUUCAAACUGGCCCGUUCCCUAAUCGAGGAGAGGAGCAAGAAAAUCAUUUACUGGACAUAUAUAAUAAAUAUCUCACUCAAAUUUCAUGUUAACCAAAAAUAAAGUAAUAAAAUAAUUGAAUAAAAGUGGGAUUUCAUAUAGGAGACUGAUGGAAGAAAAUGCUGAUUAAUUUAGUUUAAAAUGGAAAACUUGGGACGGAUAUAGGAAACACCCCAAUCGAAGGGACGGAGGGGUACCUGUAGCUGCACUGUCCCAAGCCACAUCAGGGACUGAAGUCGGUUGCCAAAACAUACAAUAAGAACGGAUUGUUGUCAGUGUGUAGUGUGGGUAUUCCUUGUAGGGCUACAACUUUUUAGUUUCAAAUGGUUAUGGAUAAUACUUAGGUACUAGAGAUUUUUCAAUAUGUUUGGAGCACGAGAUAAUAUGUCACAUGUUAUUAUAUAAUUGGAGGGACACUUGAAAAUAAAAAGUUUUCUCCAACUGUAUUAAUGACAUGUGAUGUGGCAUGUAAUGUAUGGUCCAAUUAAUGAUAUUUGUUAUAUAUAUAUAUAUAUAUAUUUUUUUUUUUUUUUUUUUUUUUAAAGUUACAAAAAACACAAUCAUCUUUUUAUUUGGUCAAAAUGAAUAUAUAUAAUUUUCACUAGUACCUAUAUAAUAUUAUCCAAUAGUGAUUAUUUUGGGAAAGGGCAAAAAACCUAUGCCCCCACAGGUAAACAAUCUCCCAUAAAAACGUGACAUAUCCAGCAGAAGACUGCAAACGAAACCCUAAUUUCAUUUGGGCCCUUCACAUCUCUUCACAAGAAGCUCACUCCAAUGGCUCCUCCUUCUCCUCCAACUGCUACUACUAUUGUUGGUCCUCCACAGAUCAACACCUUCGCCCCACCACCACAACCCAAUCCCGCUCCCAGCGGGUCCCGACCGCUCAUGGGCUUCACCGAGAACGGUUCGGGCACCUUCCUCUCCUCCGGCAACGCCUGCCUCGAUCUCUUCUUCCAAGUCGUACCAUCCACCCCCGCCUCCUAUAUCAACCAACAACUUCCUCUGGCCUGGGCCCACGACGCCCUAACCACCCUCAAGCUCAUAUGCAACCUCCGUGGUGUCCGCGGCACCGGAAAGUCCGAUAAGGAAGGGUUCUACACGGCGGCAUUUUGGCUCCACAAGAACCACCCCAAAACCCUAGCCUGCAACCUCGCUUCCUUUGCCGAAUUUGGGUAUUUUAAAGACAUGCCGGAGAUUCUAUACCGCCUUCUAGAAGGCCAUGACGUGAGGAAGAAGCAAAGGGAGGAGUGGUCCAUUCCAAACGGCAGAUUUCUCGGCCGUAGGAGAUCGACAAUCCGUCGACUGGCACGGAGAAGAACCCGACGUACUAGUACUAAAAUUACCAAAGCGGCCUCUGGAGCCAUCAACCGCAGGAGACAGAGUGAGCCUAAAGCGGUUAAGAUGAUGAAGGCAUUGGAGAGGGUAAAAUUGGAAAAAGAAAAAGCGAGCGCUGCGAGGAAAGAGAAGAAAAUCGCCAUGGCGAAGAAGGCUGUUGCGAGGUUCCAGCGUGACCCGGAUUACCGGUUCUUGCACCAUCAGGUUUCCGAUCUCUUCGCGGAGUGCUUGAAGUCGGAUCUCGAAAAUUUCAAGUCCAAUGAGUACAAGAAGAUCACCCUGGCGGCGAAGUGGUGCCCUUCCCUCGACUCCUCCUUCGAUCGCUCCACUCUUCUCUGUGAAGCGAUUGCAAGGAAGGUGUUUCCGCGAGAAUCCUACCCGGAAUAUGAAGGUGUAGAGGAGGCGCAUUACGCGUUCAGAGUGAGAGACCGGCUGAGGAAGGAGGUGUUGGUGCCGUUGAGGAAGGUGUUGCAGUUGCCCGAGGUGUAUAUGGGUGCUAAUCAAUGGGGAGCUAUUCCGUACAAUCGUGUGGCUUCCGUGGCCAUGAAACUGUACAAAGAAAAGUUCAUGAAGCACGAUGAAGAGAGGUUUAAGAAGUAUUUGCAGGACGUGAUGGCCGGAAAGUCUAAGAUUGCGGCGGGUGCUCUGCUUCCUCAUGAGAUCAUAGCCUCGCUGAAACAUGGUGAUGGCGGGGAAGUGGGUGAGCUGCAUUGGAAAAGAAUGGUGGAGGACAUGUUGAAAAAAGGCAAGAUGAAAAAUUGUUUGGCUGUGUGUGAUGUCUCGGGAAGCAUGCGCGGGACUCCGAUGGAGGUGUGUGUUGCAUUGGGACUGUUGUUGUCCGAACUGAGUGGAGAGCCGUGGAAGGGAAAGGUCAUCACUUUCAGUCAUGACCCUCAGCUACAUUUGAUACAAGGCGAUGAUCUAAGUUCGAAGUGCGAAUUUAUAAGGAGGAUGGAAUGGGGCGCGAACACUGAUUUCCAGAAGGUGUUUGAUUUACUUUUGGAAGUGGCCGUGAAUGGGAAUUUGAAACCAGAGCAUAUGAUCAAGAGGAUCUUUGUGUUCAGCGACAUGGAGUUUGACGAGGCUUCGGCUUCGAGUUGCAGGUAUCCGGGGAGAUGGAGUUGGGAGACUGAUAGUGGUAGGGAGGAGAGCGGGAAGUGGGAGACUGAUUAUGAGGUAAUACAAAGGAAGUUUGAGGAGAAAGGGUACGGGGAUGUGGUGCCCCAGAUUGUGUUUUGGAAUCUGAGACACUCGCGUUCUACGCCAGUGUCUGGAUCACAAAAAGGAGUGGCUCUCUUGAGUGGUUUCUCCAAGAAUUUGAUGAAGUUGUUCUUGGAUGAAGAUGGUGAAAUUGACAUCUGCCCGGAUCGUAUUAUGGAAGAGGCCAUCUCCGGGGAAUUGUACCAGAAGCUGGUUGUCAUAGAUUGAAUUUGAUGAUCAUCAUCAUCAUGUCCGAAAUCCUGCCUUCAAUUGUUUUGAUCAUUAUUUCCUCUUUCCAGUAAAAAAAAAAAAAAAAAAUUGUGAAUGAACAAGAAAUAAAUUGCCAUAUUUUUGUUUGGCCUGGAAAUUAAAUGUCUUGUUUUCGUUCUGUAGAAUAAAAUGAGUCUUGUUCAUGUUUGUGUUUACAAAAUUUGG